UUUCAACAAGAGGAUAAGGAAAUGGGUCUAGUGGAGUAAACCAAUCGGAUUUGAAAGUGAAAAAUUUUUAAUUCGAGUGGGUGAUCUUAGGAUGCCAAACAAAAAUAAGAGGUUAAAGAUGUUAACAUACUAAGUCGUGACGUUUCCUUUUAUCGACGGGAAAAGUAAACGACACGAGUCACCGCGGUGAGCGCCAAGAACGAAGUGUGACGUUCUUGGUGGGUAGUACGAUAAUUACGGUAGUCACAAAAUGUAUCAUCGAGGAGAAUUUUGUAUCCACAUGGUGUGGAUUUUCGAACGAUACGGGGAUGACGAUGAAGAGCUGCAGUCGCAGAAUUGGCGCAAAGUGCAGCUGUAUUCGUUUCAUCUACCGACAAUGAUAUUCCACAAACCAGCCAGACAUAGUUACGAACAUAAAAUUAGACAGCACUGCAGUUGAUGUUGAUGAUAAUUAGAUAGAAAUCUCAUAAUUGUCAUAUAAUUUACACCUGGAGUGGUUACAUUCAUUCAUUCACUCACACCCCAACGCUUACGCUAUCAGAUGACGUGAAACACGCCUCGCUCCUUAGUUUUCUUCCUAUCGUUCAGAUGGAGGACCGGCGCAGGAUCGACGCACUUGAGUUCAACAACAACGGUAACUACAAACUGCUUUGGCGCUCUUACAUGACACUACCUAACGAACUUUCUCGCCUACAUAUGUAUAAUGAUCAUUUCCCCACGAAAUACAUAAGCGCAGGUCAAAACUUUCAAGUGGUUAUCCUUAUCCAGUAUGUGCAGUUCUAGGAAGAAAUACAGUGACGCAGCUAGAGGCGAUAUUCGACGUACUAGCCUGGAGCGCCCGACAACACCCCCUCGCGCUAUGGUUCCCCCCUCCCGAAGUAACCCCCGAAGCACUAUGCUUGCCUGAAAUUCAAUGUCUUGGAAUUGAAUUGCUGAAAUCCAAAAAUUUUCGAUUUCUUUUUGCGAGUUUCUUUCUUGGAUUUGAAUUUCUCAAGUCUGAAAGUUUAUGACUUUCGCAAGUUUUUCGGAAAUUCAAGCUCUUGGAUUUGAUUCGUGAGCCCAAUUUCUUGGAUUUGAAUUCCUCAAAUCCUAAAACUUUUGACUUUUUUUAGCAAGUUUUGCCGAGAUUCAAUCUCUUGGAUUUGAUUCGCAAGCCCAUAAGUUCGGAACUGUGUAAGUUCAUAAGUGUGGGCCCAAUCUCUUGGAUUUGAAUUCCUCAAAUCCCAAAAUUUUUGAUUUUAAAAGGCUACUUGGCCGAGAUUCAAUUUCUUGGAUUUGAAUCGCAAGCCCAUGAGUUCAGAAGUGCGCAAGUUCAUAAGUUCGCAAGUGCAUAAGUGUAAGCCCAAUUUCUUGGGUUUGAAUUCCUCAAAUCCCAAAGUUUAAGUUUUUGACUUUAACAAGUUUCGCGGAGGUUCAAUCUCUUGGAUUUGAUUCGCAAGCCCAUAAGUUCAGAAGUGCAUAAGUUCACAAGUUCCGAAGUUCGUAAGUUCAUAAGUCCAUAAGUGUAAGCCCAAUUAUUUCUUGGAUUUGAAUUCCUCAAAUCCCAAAGUUUUUGACUUUGUCAGGUUUUGCUGAGAUUCAAUUUCUUCGAUUUGAUUCGCAAGCCCAUAAGUUCCGAAGUUCGUAAGUUCAUGAGUUCACGAGUUCAAAUGUGAAAGAGUGAGAGUUUGGGGCUUGGAAGUGAGAGUUUGGGGGGGUCGCUGUUGUUUUUUAAUUUAGCUCUUUAAUCUUGAUAAUAUCAGACAUUCUCACUCUCAAUCAUUCUUCCAUCAAUGUACUAACCGAUGUUAACAACAAAAAUUGGUCACGUUUCUCCCUACAUUUGUUACACUACUAAGGAAGUUAUUGAUAUUGAUCAGCGCGGCGCAGGUUCAGGUACUACAUGUACAUGAUAACCACGACCCAGCUGAGAACCGCUUGGCAGAGGAUUCCGUUUCUGCAGUUUCCCUUACAAGAAUCGUAAAUGUCUUUAUCUGACUGACGUUAUUACUCAUCUACGCGCUAAGCUGUGCUCAU